AUGCAGGAGCCAGACGUGCAGACGUGGAUGGCCUCCAUGGACCUGGAUGUGGCAGACGCCAGGAUGUCAGAGGAGAAGCAAAUACCGCUACUGCUAACUUUUCCCUCGUCGCCACAGCUGGAUUCGUUUCUAAAGCCUGGUCAGAACGCGCCCCAGAGAGGUCCGGGUGGUAUCGGUAUCGGUAUCGGCCCUGAGAGGAAAAAGCUGCAUUAUUGUUAUUGUUUGGAGGUCCGCGCGGAUUUCUUGGAUCUGCGCUGGCCCCCCCCCGCCCCUGGCGUGUUCUUCGCGCCAGGGAGAGUGGUCCAGCGCAGAUCCAACAAACCCACAAAAGCCUUCGAAAGUCUAUGUUUAUGUAGUUUUACCUUCUUCCAAGGCUGGUUUUUAGUUUGGCAGACGCCGAUGGCGACGGGAAACUUGACGCUGAGGAGCUGGUUUCAGGAGUUUCACGACUCAUGGGCGACGCGCGAAACCUGGACAUGA